AUGGCCGUUGGAUUUCAUCGUCUUAAAUCAGGCGGCGGAGCCCCCGCGGGAGUCAUUGUCGUAGAUACGCAUGCGAUAGUGGUGCUCUAUGAUAGCCCAUUCCCGGCAUUCUUCCGCCCCGCAGCUGCACUUCAAGCGGAUCUGCAUCCUGCUACUAUUUCAGCGACGGAGAUUGAAGAGCAGCAUAGAAGAAAUGGCUUUUGCCAAAAAAGACCUCACAAAAAUGAGGUCAACACACUGUUCUGUGAUAUUGCAGGAUCUAACCUUUACUUUUGGAUAGCUAUAAUACCUAUUGCUCUUGUGCUUCUAGUCGGCGCAAAGUUGCAGCAUGUAAUUGCCACUCUGGCUCUGGAGAGUGUAGAGAUUACUGAAAACUUAAGCAGUUAUAGAUUGAAGCCUAGAGAUGAUCUUUUCUGGUUCAAAAAACCUGAUCUUUUGUUGUCUCUGAUUCAUUUCAUUCUUUUUCAGAAUGCAUUUGAGCUCGCUUCCUUUUUCUGGUUUUGGUGGCAGUUUGGGUAUGAUUCAUGCUUCCUCAGAAACCAUUGGUUGGUGUAUGCACGGCUCAUAUUAGGGUUUGUUGGACAGUUUCUGUGUAGUUACAGUACAUUGCCUCUCUAUGCUUUGGUCACUCAGAUGGGGACAAACUACAAAGCUGCACUGAUACCACACAGGAUCAGAGAGACCAUGCAUGGGUGGGGCAAAGCUGCAAGGAGGAGGAGGAGAAACCGGCCAAGCACCGAUGACUCGACAAUACACACAGAGACAUGCACGAUUUGCUCGAUCGAAGAAGAUGACAAAGAUCAUCUGCUCGACAAUUCCGCCGAAAACCAGUACGUUCAGAUCGAGUUGCAGCCAGCUACCACCACUGCUAGGAACACUACCAUAACCCCCAUAGCUACUGAUCAUUCCACCCUUCAUAGCUUAGGAUCCGUCGAUGGCGGCGCCGGUGUGCCGCUGCUGAAGCCGUCUUUCACCUUUCCGUCUUCGCCGUCGCUCUCGGGAUGGGGACGAAAGAUUUGUAGAUCAGCUUCAAUGCCUCCAUGGGGAGUAUGAUUGUAUGGAAGCUUGAGGGAGUGGGUUUGCAUGUGGAUUUCAUGGACAAAAGAUUUGUACCAAAGUGUAUAAAUAUAAAUAUUAAAUUUUAGGUGUCUACAUAUGUAAAUACAUUAGAUUUGUGUGACAUUUAAGUAAAUUUCGCUACAAAGAAUUGGCUAUUGUUGCCAGAAAUGUAUCAGUAUCUGAAUUAAGUUUUGAGGACAAUAUAUUAAUAUUU